GAGAGAGAGAGAGAGAGAGAGAUUGAUUUGGAAGGGUUUAUUGGUUAUUGAGACUUGGAGGUGGAGGGCGCUGAAGGGAAAGAGAGAAAAGAGGAGAAACAGUAGUUUGGUUGGCUUUGGGGGUGAGGAGGUAAAGAGGAGGGAGAGGGGAGAAAAUGUUUACAUGCAUAGCGUGCACGAAGCCGGAAGAUGGCGAGGAAGAAAGCGGAGGAGCGCGCGGCAGUGGCACGCCAAGUACGAAAGAAGCCGUCAAAAGCCUGACUGCGCAGAUCAAGGAUAUGGCAUUGAAAUUUUCUGGUGCUUACCGGCAAUGCAAGCCCUGCACAGGCUCCAGCAGCUACAAGAAAGGCCAGCGGCAUUACCCAGACUUUGAUACUAUUUCAGAAGGGGUUCCAUACCCCUACCUUGGAGGUGCAAGUGCAAGUUCAACACCCGCAUGGGACUUCACAAGUCACCACCAUAAUACAAGAUCUGAUUCAAGAUUUACUGGGGCAUUGAGAGGUGACCAGACUCCUGGAGGAGCAUCUGUAUCUGCGCAGUCUUGUGAUGUGGUGCUAGAGGAUGAGGAUGAGCCCAAGGAGUGGAUGGCACAGGUGGAACCAGGUGUUCACAUUACUUUCGUGUCCCUUCCUAAUGGCGGAAAUGAUCUUAAGCGAAUACGCUUCAGCCGAGAGAUGUUCAAUAAAUGGCAAGCUCAACGAUGGUGGGGAGAGAAUUAUGACCGGAUCAUGGAGCUCUACAACGUCCAGAGAUUCAACAGACAAGCUCUUCACACUCCCCCAAGGUCUGAGGAUGAGCAGAGGGAUUCUUCAUUCACAAGGCUAGGAUCAGCCAGGGAAAGCCCUAUGGCUUCAUCGUUGAACAGGGAGUGGACACCAAGGAGCCACUAUAGACCCUCUGGCAAAGGUUAUUACCCCUCUGACCCUAUGGAUCAAGGUGGUGGCCACCAUUACAAUGUAGGGUCAUCCAUGGAAGCAUCACGGACGACAACCUCAUCUAGGGACGAGGCUUCAGUUUCGAUAAGCAAUGCCAGUGACUUAGAGACAGAAUGGGUAGAGGAAGAUGACCCUGGGGUGUACAUUACCAUCAGACAGUUAGCUGAUGGCACUAGGGAGCUGCGGCGUGUCAGGUUCAGCCGAGAAAGGUUCGGGGAGGAUCACGCAAAGCUGUGGUGGGAAGAGAACAAAGAGAGAAUACAAGCUCAGUACCUUUAAAGAAUUGAUUUAAACGACAUACAUUAAUUACCACAGAUAAGAUACAAGAAGUUAGGGUGCAUUUGGAUGUCUCAAACAGGUGGAAUCAUCAAACUUUAUUUCUUAGAAUAUAUCAGAAUGAAUCUACAUGUUCUAAUGGAGCCUUUAUAACGAAUUGGAGUUAGCCACCACAAGUGAUGGUGUUAUAAACUGAAUUACCAUUACUUCAUCACACAAAAGGUUUGUGCACCAUCAUUUGCUUGUGGUGAUGGCUCUGUCUUGAGUAAAGGCUCGUUUCAGUGAGAUGUCCAGAUGGGUCCUUUUUUGCCCUUGUCUUUGUUUUUAUGAUUAUUAUCACUAUUUAUUUAGUGAAAUUUUUUGGGCCUCUUUUUCCCUGUUUAAGACUUUGUUUUCAAGUCUUUGGGCAUCAUGGGAUUAUCUGGCUCCCCACUUACAUACUAGAGUUUGCUAUUUGUUACUAAUGUUCUACAAACGGAAUUGAAAUCAUUCCCUGUCAUACAUGGAGCUGGUUUUUUCUGCUGAUUCUAUUCUUUUGGAAGAUGCUUCUUAUUCAACUAGCUUGGAUUUGGGGAUGGAUUGUUGGGGCUUGUACAAAUCAUU